AUGAUUCGCGCCGCCUCCACAAGUUGGCAGCACUAUGUAGCUCGCUUACUUGCGGCCACCAUUGCUUUGGUUGAUGCCUUGACGAUUUUUUGGCCGAAAAAAAUCGUAUAUUCGACGGACUUGUACAGACUUCGAAAGAAAGAAUUGGAUAAAGCUCUCAAUCAACAAUUGAUCAGAGACAACGAGCUUCAAAAUUGGUAUUAUUUAUCCUGCAUUGGACAGAAUUACAGGAACAUUUCAAACACUAAUGAACAUUUGCUGAGACAGUCAACAUCGUUUCAGCAUGGUGUGACUUUGUUCGAACCUGAUGCUGCCUUCAGCAAUGGGUUUUCGAUACAAGGAAAUGCGCCUUAUGGGGCGCUGCCAACAAACUUCUACUGGAACAAUAAUCAAGAAUUAUUGCUAACACAUAAGGACUUACUGAAACCCGAUACAAACAACACAGUAAAUCCAAUUUUAAGCAUUAUCGACAAUUCCUGUGGUAUCGACGGCUUUACAGAACCAGCUUACAAUUAUCGAACAAGAUCUGACUUAGUCUCUAAACAAGCAAUUUUUUCUUCUAUCACGCCAUUAAUAAAUUAUAAUUCAAAAUACAAUCUGGAGGAGAACGGUGAUAAUUCGACCGCCACGUCUUCGACAAAAGAUCAAAACAAAAGAUCAUUUCUCUCACCACAAGAAAUCUCUAGUUAUAAUUCACGGCCUUUAAUUAAUUCUCAUCAAACAAUUUCAAAAAAUUCAUCUCUAUCAAACACAUUUUUCAAGAAAAAUACUGAAAUACCAAAAUAUCAGAAAUUAACAAUUGACGAGCCUUCUUGUUCAAAUCAAAACGAAAUUAAUGAGAGAUUGGCUUUAAACUUACUCAAAGGCACUAUAGAUUUUAAUUGUGACAUUGAUAAAAUAUUGAAAUUAGAUACAAAAACGUUAAACGAAUUAUUUAGUGAUAAUACGGAAAGAAGAAUUUUUGAGACAUUCGAAAUGUCGGGACAAUAUCCUGGUCAUAGUCGGCCACCAGUUGGCACACCACCUCCGCAAACUGUCUGGAAUCAUCUCACCAUGACACAAGGACAAGGGUUGAAUAUACAUCCAACGGCGUUAUCUGGUGCGUCGUUAAAUCCAGCGGGAUUUUACACACAUCCAUCAAUGGCACGAGCGUCUCAUUUAACACCUCAACUUACACCUCAGUUGGCGCAUACUCAGGCUCCUCCUACGUGGCACACGCCAACAGUACCUGCAAAAACAAUGACACCGUCAAACACAGCCGGCAAUCCUUUAUUCAGCCUUCAAAUGUUAGUUGAUAAUCGACAAAAUCAAAAUCAGUACAGAAACGCCCCAGGCGUUCAAAGCAGUCUCGAUCUAUCGGCAACGUCUGAAAUGGCAGAAAACUACUCACGAAUACCUCAAGAUAUUCCCAUUAGUUUAACUGCUCGCAAUAUAGAUAAGGGCAGUCGAAAUGGAAAUAUAAUUUCUCCGCCAAUACCUCUGAACGGUGACACAUCAUGCGACAGUGGCAUUAGUUCCUCAGUUCCCACACCUAAUUCACUCAGUGAGCCAGUAUCACUUUCCACCAAGGAAAUAAUUACACCUAAAAUAACAGUCAAAAAUUUCGAAAGUAAUCUUAAGGGCGUCUCGAAUCUUCACGAUAAAAUAAAGGAGAGCAGUAUUGACAGUUUUGUGCAAAAAGUUAUCAAUCUACCUCCAAAUGUGACAAUUGAAAGAGUCACGUCAGACAAGAAGGACACAGAAGUGACAAAAUGUAAAGACACAUUAAGCGUUAUUGCGCAAGUGCCAAGAAACGUUAUGCCAGUUAUUGUCAAUCUAACAUCAAAGGACAAGGAUAUGAUUGACAGUCCCCAUCGUGAACCAUCGUUGGAGACUGAGAGAAAAAUUGAAGACAUGAGUGUUCGAUCGCCAAAAACAUCAUUGAAACGUUGUGGAAAGAAAGGUGUCGAUUCACUUUUGGAAAAAUUAGAAAGUGGUAAUAAAAAACUCGGUACAGAAAAUAUUAUUGGCUCUGUUAUUGUCACUCCAUUGGAGGAGAAAGAUUCCGCCAGUGUUAAAAGCAUGUCACCAGAACGGCAUAUAUCAAGGUCACCCAAUCGAGACGAGGAUGUCAUUUCUCCGUUCAGUAAUGAGGACUCAAAUGACAAUACCAAGCAGCGAAGAAAACGAAAAUUAGAAAAGCCAGUGAGACUUAGUAAGGAUUCAAAAACAGAAGUCGAAGAUAUGGAAUUGGAACCAACAGAACCGACGGAAUCCAGGAGUUGUGAGAUGGAGAUUAAUUUACCCAUGGACCAUACUCAAAAUCCCCUGUUGAUCAAUGAACGAAUCAACAGAACAGAACAAAAAAUUGAAGAAAAAACUAAAGAUGUGAGUCAGAGUAAUCCAAUAAUUGAGAAGGUCGAUAAGAAAUUAGAACAAAGAGCAGAAGAGAAAUUAGUUGAACGAAUGGAUGUAGAUUUAGCAGAGAGUGUUGAUGAGAAGAAUGAGGAGAAUCAACCAGUCAGAAGGCGGAGAUGUAGUGAGGGACCAACGUUAAGUCCAGUCGUCAAUCAACGAGUAAGAAGAAAAUCAAGUGACGACGCAGAAUUUUCCAAAGUCACAAGUCCAAAAGUAGGUAAUGCGAAUCCCUUCAAUGAAGUUGAAUCUGAAUUGGAGAAAAUGUUUGCGGGAAUUGUUGAGACGAGUGAGAAACAGGAACCGAAACUUGAGGACGAAGAGAAGUCGGAUGAUUUGCUAAAAACGGAAAAUUCGGAUAAUAUUGUGUCGACAAGUGACAUGCAGAAUACUAGUUUGGCUGAUGUGUCGUCAUCGGUGGAGACAAAGUCAACACCCACGAAGGCCAAGAGGCGUAGAGUUCGAGGAGGCAAGAGAAAAGCUGUCAAAUCCGAUAGUCAGGGUGGUGAGUCGAGAGACGGUAGGAGAGGCAAGGCGACGAAGGGGAAUAAGAAACAAGACAGUUCCAAGAAGAAUGUGAAAAAGACGACGAAAGUUGAAGGUUUGAGGGAAGUGACCUACGAUUCUGGAUCUAAUGCGAGUUCAAUUAGAUCCCGUGGACCUGUUGUUCAUGUCGAGGGACCUCGGGACAGUCCUUUAAGUAUUCAAGUUGUUAACGUUCCUCGUGAAGAGGAGGAGGAGAAGAGUAAAGAGAAACGGAAAAAUGUCGGAAAUGGAAAUGCAGGUCGAAGUAAGAGGCUCAGUCAUCAAAAUGAUCUUGAUUACCGGGGGAAGGUUAACAAAGCCGGUCUUUUUAGUUCAACGUUAUCCUCGAGAUACGACGCACAUACAACAGAUUCAACAUGGGUCUGUGUAUUUUGCAAACAGGGUCCACAUUCAGUUGUUCCUGGAGAUCCUUCAAGGCCACACCCAAAUCUAGCUGGUCCUCACAUAGCACCUGGAUCAUAUAUUGUUCCGGCUGGUGUUUUAAGCGAUCUUUUCGGUCCGUAUUUAAUAGGCAAGGAACGUUUGGAGGACGGAAUUGUAUCAGCAGACGAGCAAGAAAUCAUGACUGAACAGAAGAAGGGUGGAAAAAAUAAACGUAGUUUAAGGCACGCGGGACUGGCCGAUCAGUUCACUGCUAAAAUGAGUAAGAAAAAAAGGAACUCUGUAGAAACUAGUACUAAUACUGUAUUUACGGGCAUGACAUUAAUUCCUGGCGAAGAACAACGUUGGGAAGUUUGGCUACAUGAACAAUGUGCAGUUUGGACAGCUGGUGUUUAUUUAGCAGGCGGAAGAGUGACAGGAUUACAAGAAGCAGUUUGGGAUGCUGCAAAGUCUGUUUGUGAUGCUUGCGGUUUGACUGGAGCAAACAUUGGUUGUGUGAAACGAGGCUGCAAGGCUGUUAUACAUUAUCCUUGCGCCUUAACAAAAAGCUGGCUUCUCGACACUAGUGACUACAUACCCAAAUGUAAUGUUCAUCGAGUAACGUGAAAUUUCGGUGAGUUUCUAAUCAAUUUCUAAUCUGAGGGGAACGGUGAAAAAUCAUACUUGUUGCUGCACAAGGCUUCUAAUGGAUUUUGUUAAUUCAAAAUAACAGAUUAAAAGAAAAACGUAUAAAUACGUUUUUGACUGAAAAAUCGCCUUACAAAAAGAGUAGGGUUUAAACCAGCGACGAAUCCAUUUGCAAAAAAUAUUGUAAUUCGUACUUCACCAUUUUUUUUUUUUUAAUGUACACAUUGGAAAACAUAGUUUUGUUUGUUUUUGUAAUUAUGCCACAUGAAAUUGUGUAAAAUAUUUCUCAUUGAUCGUGAUCGCGUCGUGUAGAAUUGUAGAAUUGUCAAAAAUUAUGCAAACAAUCGUGUUUGAAUUUCCAAAAUUGGCAGAGGCCUCAUUGUAAGAUAAAAAAGAGGGGGGGAAGAAAAAUCUUCAAUUUUUAUAUUGAAGAGAAUUUGUAUACACUUUUGAGAAUGGUUUCUGAGAUCUGUUUUUGUUUAAUCAACAAAUGUUACAAAUACACUAGUUUUGUCUUUAUUAGACAUUAUAAAAGGCCAAAAGUUUAUAACAGUUUUUUAGUCUUGAGUGAGAUUGAAUUUUUUAAAAUGUUUUACAUGACAAUUUAAAUAUUGAGACAAGACUUUCUUAUCUGCUUGCUUUGAAAGGAUUAAUUUUUGUCACUUUGUGGCCUUGAGAAGUGGCCUUUCGAGAAAUUGAUACUUGAUUGAAAAUAUAAACCAAUUUGGAAUUCUAAAAAUUCUGUUUAAUUCGUUAAUUUUUAAAUUUAGAAAUAAACUAAAUUCCAAAGGAACAGUGUAUGGAAUAUAAAACGAUCUCAGAAAUUUUAAUACAAAAUUUUCGAGCAUGUAAUAUUUAUUUUGUAAAUACGAUCAGUUAUUGGAAACAAAAUAUACUCAAGUUAGCUUGAGAUACUUUAUAGAUUUUUUUUUUUUAAAUUAUGUCUAGAAACAAAUUUUUUAGAUUACAAGUGAAAGGAAAAUUUACAUUUCACUAGAUUUGCGAUUUUUUUUUGUGUACCUUAAAUAAGGUAAUGAUUUUUUAUAUACAUUUUAAAAGUGUUUUGUCUAAAAAUGAAUUUUUGUCCAAAAGAAAAAUACAGAUUUUUUUUUGAAAUGAUUAAUUUUUUCAGAAUAUACAAUUGAUUCUUCAAGUAGUUUACCAAUUCUUUUUUUUAUUUUAUAGCCUUUUAAAGACCAGUGAAUCACAUAAAUAGAUUAGUUUAUUGUUGGUUUAAUCAUUCAUAUCAUUAUUGGUAGAUUUUGUGAGUGUGUAAAAGAUGAUUUUUUUUGUUGCAAACGAAAUUGUAUGCAAUUGCCUAGGACAUAGCUAAGAAUGGAAAAAUUGUAAAAAACAAACAUAAAAUCAUAAUGUACAUAUUGAGUAGACAGAAAAAUAUAUAUAAAUAUAUAAGUAUAUAUGGAAGGUAUAUGUUACAGUUUUUUCCAAGAGCACAGAGUAAGAUGAUUUCUGUUUUUUUUUUUUUUUUUUUUUUUUGAACUUUUGAAGUGAAACGCUAUCACCUUUGAUUUCUUCUUAUUAUAUAACUUAUUCUUUUAUUUCUAUUUAAAACAAACAAACAAACACUUAUACGUAGAAAUCGAGGUAGUGCUUUUGGGAAAUAUUCUUCUUCAGAAAUAAAGGCGUCCGAAAAUUACGCUUGAGGGGUUAAAUUUUAGAUUUUAAGAAUCGCGAGUAUGGAAUAUUAAAGUAUGAUGAACUUUUUUGUACAUAUGAUACGUACAUAGUAACAAAUUUAUGUAUAAAAGAUAACGAGGAAGCGUAAAUUUAGAUGCAUAAUAUCAGUUUUAAUUGUAGAGAAGAGAAAACAAAAGGUGGAUUAAAAAGAUUUUCUAUUUGCGAAAUAUGAUUAUAAAUCAUGAAUUCUUAUUUAAUUUUCCUAAUUAACAGAACAAACAGCAGCCAAAAAAAAAAAAUUACUGUCUACGGUCAUGUGUGAAAGGGAAUAAAAUUCUAUUUUAAAAAAACAACUCUAAUGUUAAUAAUUGUGAUAAAAAAAAGGAAAAUAAAAAUUAUCUGUUCAAAAAGUGGCAUGUCUGUAAAAUUCCUCGUUCUGUUAACUCUGCAUUCGAAAAACAUAUUUAUUCUAUCAAAUUUUUAGAAAAAUUGACAUUUCCUUCUUCUGAAAUGAACUUUCAAAUACCUAAGGUUGUUUUUCGAAUGCAUUGUAAAAAAAAUAUUUGAAAUGUGUCUUUCCGAAAAUCGAAAUACUUAAAUAUUUGGCUUAUAAAUUGUGCUGUAAUACCCGAAAAUAGGUAUAAUAAAUAAUAAAGCCUAUAAGUUUUCAUUUGUAAAAACAAAAAUGUCAUGGAAAUUUUUUUCUUGUAAAAUAAGCAUCGAAGUGAUGAAAUUGAAAUGAUUAUCUAGCGACGCUGACCAAGACGAUAGAUGAGACGUGAAAUAAAAGAAAAAAAAAUUAAUCCUAUUGUGAAUAAAAUAGUAGACAAUUUUAUUUCCAUUAGUCACACUUGACUUUAGGAAAGGUUUUCUUCUGUCCUUUACACUCUGCAGAUUUAUCGAGUUCUAAGCAUCAUACGCAUUUUCGUGACCUGGUUUAAAUAUUAAUGAUCAGUAAAGAUGUUGCAAGAUGUUGCUUUCUCUCUAUCUGUUUAAUUACAUAUGUGGAAUGAUAGGUCCCUGUGGAUCAUAUCGAGAUUUAUACAAAAAAAACGAUACCAUUACGUAUACAUCUUUGUGUAAAAUAAACAUAAAAAGUAAUAAAACGAUAUAAAUCGAAA